AAGGAAAACUGUGUGGUGCUGUCCAGAGACUCCCGACCUCAGCUUGCUCGUCUCUAUUGUCAUUUCCUGUCUAUUUGUCAACAGAUGUAUGCUCAGGGGAAACUGCUUUUUGGAGGUACUGUUUUAAACGGAUACGGCUUCAGCAAGAAGAACCUGCUCAAGCAGAUCGCCAAAACACGCAGGGAUUUCUUGAUGGGCGACGUCCUGCCAGAUGACUACAAUUUUAGUUACCCAUCACCAGUGCCGAGGUUACAAAGAUACAAAUGCGAUCGCACACACACAGCAUCAGUCCUGUGUCAAGAGAAUGAAGAGGACAACUGUGACUAUGACUCUUCCUCAGAAACCCUUCAAAGGUAAGAGCAGGAAUUGUCUGUUGCUUUUGUUUUCAGUUUGUACAAGGUAAAUUUGCCUCUGUAGAGUUUCCACAAAUGCAUCUGCAUCGUCAAGUUGCUGGUG